GGCUGUCUAUGGUCUAUCGUAAAAUGUCGGCCAUUUGUAACAGCCACAGCUGUAUUUCAUUAUAAUAUUAGCGUUCUGCCUAAAGCAUCGUGGCUUUUGUUCGUAAGCAAGGCAGUUCUUUUUUAAUUUAAGAUUGAACACACGCUUAUAAUAUAACGCUGGCAUUAUGGUUGAAAAAUCUGCACCUAAGCCUGAGUCAGUGCUGAACUUAGAAGACUUAUUACAAUGCCCUGUUUGCUACGAGAUACCACCGGGCCAGAUCUUCCAAUGCAACGAGGGCCAUCAUGUCUGUGGGGGGUGCAAGAUGCGCCUGGACGUGUGCCCUGUCUGUCGUGCACUCUUUUUUGGCACACGCAAUUAUGCUAUGGAAGAGUUAAUAACAAACUUCAGAAAAAUGCGAAGCCUUAAGCUAAGCAGUAAAGCUUCUGGUUCUGGCUCUUCGCAAAGCAGCUCGCCCGCUUUAGAAACAACCUCUGUGGAACAUGAGAAUAAUGAGAGUGAAAAUGAAGAUGUUGAAGAAGAAAGUAAUACUAUAAAUGUUUCAGAGCAACCACUUAGGCCACCACAGCCAUGCAGUGGACUAUUUCGUUGCCUGUGUUGCAAGACUGGCAGUACAGCAAGAUUGCCAUCUGCCCGUUUACUCAACCAUCUUCGUUAUUUUCAUGCUCCAGAUUUACUUGAGGGUCGCUCUGAAAAUGGAGAGUACUUACAAGCAUGGCAGUUUGCAACUGUGCCUGGCAAACUUGUGACUGCAGUCAGAAUAUCUGAUAUGGGCAUAUUCUUCUUGACAAUAGAUAUAACCCCUAUCUCAGUAUGUGCGUGGCUGGCCAUGGCUGCUGCGCCCUGGGUAGCACACGGGUUCAGUUAUACAAUUACCAUAUGUGGUAAUGACCGUGAAGCUAUAUUUUCGGACAGUGUAUGGUCUGUCAGAUCCUGUGAAGGGGCAUUAAAGAAGCGUGGUCAUUGCCUGCUGGUGACAAAUCAAGACGCGCGCGCGUUAACUGCCCCCGCCGCCAUCAGUGGCAAGCUCUCGGUACGCCGCACGCCUACCGACCUGCUCAGUGCCCUGACGACACCGCGCGCCGUACUCCGCAUUGCCAAUAGAGUCAACAACCAGAAUUCGUCGAGCGACCUCGAACCCUUCCUCCAGGAGCUCCAAAAUGACGUUGCGAGGUUGUCUCAAGCAUUCGCUACCUUGGGUCGCGAGUCAAACGCUCUAGUGCAGUCGGAGUCUCAAAUGCGGGCUAGAAUUGCUAAUAUCGAACAAGCUUCAGAGAGUACCUCUAUAUCAGAUUCGGAUGCGGAACCGCCCGCGGAACAAAGCGAACCACAACCUGAGCGUCAGGAGCUGACGCGAAACGCACGAAAACGCCUGAGGCAGCGAUUGCGGGCAGCGCUCGACGGAACGAUACCACCAGAGGCCCCCACCGCAACUAAUCGCGCUCAAGCUUCCUCCGCUGCUUCCCAGCCUAGACAAAAUGGCCCUGUUACUCAGCCAAGACAGAAUACAUCUAGUCAGCCGAGACAAAAUGCACCUGUUACGCUGCCAAGACAGACUACUCCUACUACUCAGCCAAGGCCAAAUACUAUUCUGCUGAGAGAAAACACCCCAAUUACUGAAGUGAGAGUGAAUCCCCCCGUUACUCAGCCACGACAGAAUGCCCCUGUGACUCAGCCACGACAGAGUACCCCUGUUACUCAGCCUAGACAGAAUACCUCUGGUAAUCAACAAAGACAGAAUACCUCUGGUAAUCAACAAAGACAGAAUACCUCUGGUAAUCAACAAAGACAGAAUACCUCUGGUAAUCAACAAAGACAGAAUACCUCUGGUAAUCAACAAAGACAGAAUACCUCUGGUACUCAACCAAGACAGAAUGGGUUACUCUCAUUUAGUGGCUUUAACAUUGUGACCGAGUCAACUCCACCUGUAGCCCCUCCACCAGCAGGUCCGUCCUCCUCCACAGCACAACUGGAGCCACAAACUGGAAAUAACAGCAGUAAUAAGAAAAAGCGCCGUCAUCGCAGAUAAGCUUAAAGUAGUCUCUAAUUUUUGUUACUUAUGGAUAUAAGUUAUUGACAAGCGAUAAUUAUGUAAUGUUUUAUUCUUUACAAUAUUUUAGUUUCGUGACGAAUCCUCUGGGGUCUCCUGAUGUAGAUAAACAGUUAUUUGUCAAUUGUAAAUAUUUUUUAGCUGUUGACACUGCAAUCUUUACAAGUGCUGUGAUAAAAAAUUGUGUGUGACAUUCAUGCUUCAUACAUAAGUUACUACUUAAAUGUUUCAUUGAUGGGAAAUCCCCAGAGUGAGUAUUUUUGAAUGUGUUGGUCAUUAUUUACUAUUUUAUUACACAUUUCAUGAACUAUUGACAAUUUACUAUAAAUAAAAAUUUGUAUAAUAUUAGAUAACAUCAUCGUUACUAUGUAGUAAGAUAUCUUAGGUAGUAAUAUACUUUGGUUAUAAUGAUAAUAAUAUUAGCUGUAUUUUUUGGUCAUUAAAAGCGAAUUUUCUGAAAUAGAAUUA